AGCCAUGGCAUCUUGUAAUUCGUUUGGGAACUUCAAGUGCGAACCACAAACAGGAGGAUGGAAAACCCUGGAGCGACCUCGAACUCGAAGAAGAAGAGGGGAUUCCGAAAAGACGAAGGUUUACCAUUACCUGAUCUCCACACCGCCGCCAGGACUGGGGAUCGCCUCACCGUCGUGUCCAUCUGUAACACCAAUCCACUCGCCGUUAACUCUAGGGAUCGCCUUUCCCGGACCCCAUUGCAUCUAGCUGCAUGGUCUGGGCAGACAGAGGUCGUAAAAUUUCUCUGCAAUAACAAAGCUGAUGUUGGCGCUGCUGCUAUGGAUGAUACAGCUGCAAUCCAUUUUGCUGCUCAGAAAGGUCACCUGGAGACGAUCCAGGUCCUAUUAUCUUCUGGAGUCUCCGUCAAGGCUGCAAACAGAAAAGGAUUCACGGCUUUGCACUAUGCUGUCCAAGGAUCUCAUGCAGAACUCAUCAAAUAUCUAAUCAGGAAAGGUGCAAGCCUUACUGCCAAGACAAAAGGUGGGCAAACACCUGCUGACCUUGCAAGCACAGAGGAAAUCCGUGCUCUUCUUGAAGAUGGUAAGCAGUCACCAGCCGUACAAGAAAAAUCUACCAGAACCAAAUUGGAUGCGGAUUCAAUGACAGAGGACUGUGCCGAAGAGAAGGAUCGAGGCUCCAUGCCAAAAGAAUUGGUGCUAGUUGAUGAGGGCACAUGCGUCAACGAAAAGAGGAAUGACAAAGAAGUUGAUGACGUUGGCUCUUUGAAAACCAAGAAGGCUAAGGUUUCUCUUGAUCAUCUUGUAGCUGAAAGCGAUGAGCAAGAUGGGGAAGAAUAAUGAAAGAUUUAUGAUGUACAAGCAGUUCUAGCAUCCGUGGUUCUCCCAUCUGACGGGGGCUGAAAGGUCGGCUGUUUAGACUUAUGCUGCGAACAUCGUCUCCGAGAACAAUAUAUGCUGUAAAAUUGUAGUUAUAGUGGCAGGAUAUUAUUAACGUGAUGAAACAUGGGUUCUUCAUUCUAGUUUUAUUGGUUUCAGUAGACCGCUCAAAAGAUAAAAGCUUGAUGUUGUUGGUCAUUGGUGACUAAUACUCAUUUGUCAUUUAACUUAUAUGUAUGACUGUCUUUAUUUUCUUA